AUGGACCUAUACAUGAUUCAGUUGCACGACCAUGGCAACCUCCCCUCAGUGCUGGAUGUGCAUGUCAACAUCCCUGGGAGAAGCUCUGUGCCGGGAAAAAUGAAAGGCAGGAAGGCCAGAUGGUCCGUGAAGCCCUCGGACAUGUCCAACAAAACUUUCAAUCCCAUCCGGGCCAUUGUGGACAGCAUGAAGGUGAAGCCAAAUCCAAACAAGACCAUGAUUGCUCUGUCAAUUGGGGACCCUACUGUGUUUGGAAACCUGCCUACAGAUCCUGAAGUUACCCAAGCAAUAAAAGAUGCCCUUGACUCGGGGAAGUAUAACGGCUAUGCCCCCUCCACUGGCUACUUAUCGAGUCGGGAGGAGGUUGCUUCUUAUUACCACUGUCCCGAGGCACCCCUGGAAGCUAAGGAUGUCAUUCUAACAAGUGGCUGCAGUCAGGCUAUUGAACUUUGUUUAGCUGUGCUGGCCAACCCAGGGCAAAACAUCCUAGUUCCCAGACCUGGCUUCUCUCUCUACAGGACUCUGGCGGAAUCUAUGGGAAUCGAGGUCAAACUCUACAAUUUAUUGCCAGAGAAGUUUUGGGAAAUUGACCUGAAACAACUGGAAUCUCUGAUUGAUGAAAAGACAGCUUGUCUCGUUGUCAAUAAUCCAUCAAACCCCUGUGGGUCAGUGUUCAGUAGAAGUCAUCUCCAGAAAAUUUUGGCAGUGGCUGCAAGGCAGUGUGUCCCCAUCUUAGCUGAUGAGAUCUAUGGAGACAUGGUGUUUUCAGAUUCCAAAUUUGAACCUCUAGCCACCCUCAGUAGCAACGUCCCCAUCCUGUCCUGUGGAGGGCUGGCCAAGCGCUGGCUGGUUCCUGGCUGGAGGAUGGGCUGGAUUCUCAUCCAUGACCGAAGAGAUAUUUUUGGCAAUGAGAUCCGAGAUGGGCUGGUGAAGCUGAGUCAGCGGAUCCUGGGACCCUGCACCCUUGUCCAGGGAGCUCUGAAAAGCAUCCUGCAUCGCACCCCUCAAGAGUUCUACCACAACACUCUAAGCUUCCUCAAGUCCAAUGCGGAUCUCUGCUAUGGGGCAUUGGCUGCCAUCCCUGGACUCCGGCCCAUCCGCCCUUCUGGGGCCAUGUACCUCAUGGUUGGAAUUGAGAUGGAACAUUUCCCAGAAUUUGAGAAUGAUGUGGAAUUCACUGAGCAGUUAGUUGCUGAGCAAUCCGUCCACUGCCUCCCGGCAACAUGCUUCGAGUACCCAAAUUUCUUCCGAGUGGUAAUCACAAUCCCUGAAGUGAUGAUGCUGGAGGCCUGUAGCCGGAUCCAGGAGUUCUGUGACCAGCACUACCAUUGUGCUGAAGGGAGCCCGGAGGAAUGUGACAAAUAG